AUGCAAUUAUUAGAUCAACCUACCACAAAGUCUCCCAGUAAGGGAAAUGUGAAAAUGCCAAAGCUUGUUAUCAUUGAGUAUGAUGGCACUUACGAUAAAUGGCUCUCCUUUUGGAAUAAUGCGUUGCCAGUGAUAUCUAGAUGCCAACCAAAUCUCUAGAGUCUCUAGGUAAAUUUUCUAGUUUUUCAUUUAUGGUGUGUGGUGUUUUGGACAACUUGCUCGGCAUAAGAGCAAAUCACAUGAAUGGGAAACCAGGAUGGCAAGAUUGGGGACUUGCAGAGCUAAUGCAAUCAUUAGAAGAAUGGAAAGCCAUCUAUCCUAUGAAAGUAAACGAGUCAGUUCACAGGAUCUCUCCAUCACUGCUUCCAUUCCUGCAUCCUCACCCUCCACAUCUGCCACAUCCUCCUCGUAUUCCUCACAAAAGUAGUUUCUACACGCAAGAUCAUGGAUCAAUCUACACAUGUUUACUGUAAUUGUGUGACUCGUAGAUCCUGAGACUGUGACAGCGUGACAUCUCCAGCAGAACGCAGACAAAUUCUACAAAGCAAACGCUUGUGUUUUAUCUGCAGUGGAAUGCAACAUAGUGUAUCUCAGUGCCGUGUCCACGCAUCUUGCACAUACAGUAAAAAAAAAGGCAUUACUUGUCCAUUUGCGAUUGUUUGACAACAGCUGAAUGCCAAACAACAAACAAUGAUGGAGUGGCCUUAACUGCAACCCAAUAAGGAGAGAAAAUGUAUCAUCCAUUGUGCUUGUCAAAGUGAAUGGCCUGACUUGUAGAGCUCUUUUGGAUACCCUGGCAACUGCCUCUUAUGCUUCAGGAUACAUCUCAGAUUGA